ACAAGGCGCCACGUUUGGAGAACCGAGGACCCUCUUAUACGAAGUUGGAAGUUAACCACUCCGUUGGACUUGUCCGGCUCAACUCAAGCUACUGGACUCUUCAUGAUGAGAAUACGACUCCCAGUUGCAGGUGUCUUCCUGCUCUUACUCCUCAUCGCCGCCUACGCCGGCUUGACUUCAAUACAGCUUGGCCAAUAUGUCAACGACAAGGUGUUACACUUCAUCACCUUUUUUGCGCUUACCGUUGUGUUUUACUGGGUUGUCGAUACGAAUCGAAGACGCGUUUUGAAUAUGACUUUGGUCGUUUGCACAAUUGUUCUUGGUGUCGGUUCCGAAUUCAUCCAAAGCUUCCUCGACAACGGUCGGGAGUUUGAUCUGUACGACAUUGUUGCAAAUGUGAUAGGAAGUUUGUUUGGUGUUGGCCUUUGCUCGUGGUAUCACAAGCGUAUGCUCGAGCGCAAGCGACGUAGACGAUACAGUGCUGUUCCUGGCGAAGAGCAGGGUGACGUUGAGCUCGGCGAAGGUCACGAGUCUGGGGUUAUGGAAGGGAACAGUCGCUCUCAAACAUUAGAAGAGGAGGUUGACAACUGGGACGAGAACCAGAUCGACGAUGACUGGGACGAGGACGAAACACACGAGACUUCAACCAACACUCACGUGUUGGAAACGAACGCGGACAAUGGUGACUUGGGAGAUACAAAGAAGCGAAUGGACUAACACGACCGAUGAGCUUAGCUAUGGUCAUGUAAAGAUACUCUACCACGACUUAUGACUGGAUGGCCCUGCACGAUUUACGUUCAACUGGAUUACAGUGUAUUUGAUGCCUUGGUGACUGCUUGGUAUCCGAGGAGCCAAACCAGAAUAUCCAUGAUUCUCCCAUCUUGAAAAUGAUAUCGACACUGAACUGUCCUAGGCAUUAUU